GUGAAAGUUCUUCAGCCUAACGGACGUGUCAAUAAAAAUAAAACAAAAAUAUUCUUCUCAAACACUUGGUAUUCUUGUUUUUUUGGCGGGCUGUUUGAAAAAGUCAAAGAAAACUAUUUCUAUUUUUUUUUUUUUUUGUGAAAACUUUGAGUGUAAAUUUUGUUUCCUAAAAUGAGGGACUAUCCUUCGGUGCCGAAUGUCUUUCGUGUGGCCUCCACGCACAGCAUUAAUAGCGAAAAUCCCUACAAUAAUGCCAAAAACCUGAAAGUCAUCAGCAAUCAAAAUAAUUCGAAUUCAAAUUCAAAGAGUCAGGAAUCGCAACAAAAACCUCUGGCCAUGCAUCAGCUAACAACCAGUGCUUCUAUUGAGAGAAGCAAUAUAUCGCAACAUCAGCAGCAGCAGCAACAGCAGCAGAAGCAACAUCAGCAGCAACAAUCGCCAUAUGCAACAUUGCCGAGGGGCCAGCGAUUCGUUUCCCAGCAACAGCAACAAACUGGAGUGAUCAACACCAUUUCUGGGAGUAUUCCUGCCACAGGAUUUGGUUCCAUGGCUGGCAGCUUCAGUGAUCUGCAACUCAACAACAUUGGCAACAACAGCAGCAACAUUACCAGCAACACUAACUAUGGAAACAGGAGACAGCAGCAGCAGCAGCAACAACAUCAGCAGCAGCAACAGCGACAAGUAACUGGCAUUGCAAAUUACAAAACACAAAAUGAACUGCAACAGCAACAUCAUCAGCAGCAGCAGCAACAGCAGCAGAUGCAAUUGCAACAUCAGCAGCAGCAACAUAUUCUGCGACAACAGCAACAUCACUUGGCAGGCGGCAUUGUGGGCGUGCCCGAUCAUCAGGGCGGUAUCAACACUAUAGCCAAUACCAGUGGAGGCUACCUGUGGCUACUCACACCCGUGGCAGCCAGCAUAUCGGUGGCCAUUGUCAUCGCCGCCCUGGCCGGACCCCAGUGGCUCUUCACCGAGGAGAAGCUACCCAAUUCCAACUACAAUGGGACGGCCAACUUCAAUGCCCUGGACGACGGCGCCUACAUCACCAAAUACACCAAGUCCAGUCUAUGGAUAUUGUGCACCACCCUGCCAGGCCUGGAUGUGGACUCGUAUAAUUGCGUUAAAAUAGACUAUUUUCCCAAGGAAGGCUACCAACCAGAUCCACAUGAUUCGACGCCGGCAAUACCCUAUACCGUCACUAAAUCGUGUCCCAUUUUCCUGGCCGCUGGUGUGUUUCUGGUGAUCAGCUUCAUAGUAUUCUUGAUUCCCACCUGCUCGCAUCAGAAUAAUUUAUAUUACUUCAGUGCUGGGAUACUGUUCAUUGUUAGUGGAUUGGUAAUGCUCAUUGGCCUGAUUGCUUAUAUAUCCAUAUUGAAAGCGGAAAUUGGAUCAAAGUUGAGGCCUCGAUCGACUCUACAACCGGCUCUGUUCAAAGUUACUUACGGACAAAGUUUCUUUCUCUUCGUUUGUGGAUUUAUUGUCACGGAAUUUGUGGGUGUUUUGAAUAUAUUUCUAUUUAUUAAUCUGCAGGAAGUGAGUUAUUAUAGUCGAUUGCCCUGCUUCAGUGUUGCCAACAUCCAGGCCAAGUUCAAGGAAGGCGGCGUCCAGCAUCCUUUAAGCCAAUCCUACAAGCGUUACAAGCAGCCGGGCACUCUGGGCAGCCAGGAUGGGCUGCAAAGGACACGGUCAAGGAGCGAUAAUCCGCAGAACUCCUCCAGGAAUGCCAGUACUCACCAUUCUCAGCAGUCCCAGUCGCAGCCAGGUUCGAGGAUUCUUCGGAGUGGUGGCAAUCCGCGCCAGCAUCAGGUUCACGAUGUCAGGACACGGCCGCCAGGACAUCAUCCGGGCAAUUAUGGGCAUCCAGGACAGACGCAGACAUUGCCAGGAGCCUGCCGGAAGCAUCCCAAUGCGGGUUCCAACUUGAAUCUCUAUCUUCACAAUGAUUUGGACAGGCGUUUCUAUUUUGAGAAACCUGCCGUUUCGAAAUGCAAUCUCCACUCUCGGAGCUUCGCCAAAUCCUUGAAUGAACUCUGCACCGAGUCUGCUCCUCCGCCACCCCCACCUGCUCUACCAGCCAGCACUACAGCACCGGCUCCUUCCCUGUUUGCCGAUCUGCCGCAGGAGUUCCCCCUCACCAGGUCCGUGUCGACCACCACCGAGAUAUACACAGGUCCGGCCGGAUCAGGGGCGACUGCAGCUCCACAAACGGGACAAUUGAAGCGGAAACAGCAAAGGAAUAUGGCCACCAACACUUCCGGCUCCCAGCUGGAGGAUCAGUCCAGGCUGAGUGGCCUGAAACGCGGCCUGCGGAAGACCAAGGACGAGCUGUUCCAGGAAUUCUGUCGCAGAGCAGGGAUGCGAAACAAACCGAAGAAUAUCUACUACAUCAGUGGCAGUGAGGGGGCUGGGGAGGAGGGCGAGGACGAGGACAGGGCAGGGGAGCUGGAGAGGCGAGAGGAUGCAGGACAUUCGCGGGACCCGGAAGUCCUGGACGAUGAUGAUGAGGAUGGCGAUGAUCACGGCUUCCGGCAAUUUCGACUCGAAGAAGAUCAACUUUAUGUGGUGGGAGACCACGCCCAGUUGGUUGUCCCGCGACGCUCCUCCAUGGGAUUGGAUUCUUUGGGGCAACCUCUUAGGCGCCUCAACUCGAAUCUCUCUCUUCACACGGAUCAGGGAGCAGGAGCUGGAAUUGCUGGAGGAUCUGGAGGCGGAGCUUGGCCUCAGAUGCAGAGGAUGCCCUUCCCCCCGCCGCCCAGCACCCUGCCACGCUGCUUCCUCCGCCAGUCCUCGGAUUCCCUGCAGAGUGGAGGCUACAACACGCUCAGUAGCAGCCAGCAGAGGUUCUCCCAGCUGAUGUUGCAACACCAGCAGCAGCUGCAGCAACAGAAUCGUUAUCUUUCCACCUUGACAUUGCCAGGAGCUGGGGGAGCUGGCUCCGGAGGAGGCGGAGGAGGACCUGGACAAGUCCCACCCAAAUCCCAAGUUCAGUGGCCGGUGGCGAUUCCAUCGUCGCCAUCAAACUACUCCAACGGUUAUCAGCAACAUCCCCAGCCCAUUUAUCCCGGAGGAGCAGGAGGAUCUGUGCUGGGAUCUGCAGCAGCAGGAACCUCCAGUGCUGCCACCUCUCACCCAGCCAAGUUCCAAAGGGCCUACGCCUUCGACGAUCCGCAAAGGAGGUCCAGCUAUGUGAGCGAUGCCUUCGAUCUGGACGAGAUCGAGCGGGAGAGGCGGCGAUCGCAUGCCAGCCUCUUUGGCCUAUCCCAGGGCAGGGAUCCCUACGAUCUCAUCAAUGGAACGGCAGUCUAAAUCCAAGUCCGUUCAAAUACCAAGAAUAUUGAUGUUUAUUAGAAAUUUGUGAAUGUAUAGCGCACUAUUUUGGCCAAAAGGGGGGAGCUAUUAUACAAAAUUAGUUAAAACUUAAAGAGAUCUGUGUAAAUUAAUGAAAUAUAUAUGUAUCUGCGCACCAGU